GCUGCAAAACCCAUAUGUAGACACACAGCACUUCAUGGAGACGCUACAAAGAAGAAAAAUUAGUGUAUUAAUGUUUCCAUGGCUGGCUCAUGGACACUUAUCUCCCUUCCUAGAGCUAUCCAAGAAGCUAACCAAAAGAAAUUUCCAUGUCUACUUCUGUUCUACUCCUGUAAAUCUUGAUUCCAUCAAGCCAAAACUAUCUGCUGAGUACUCUUUUUCUAUCCAACUUGUGGAGCUCCAUCUUCCAUCUUCGCCAGAGCUUCCACUUCACUACCAUACCACAAAUGGCCUGCCACCCCAUCUCAUGAAAACUCUCAAGAAAGCCUUUGAUAUGGCAAGCUCUAGCUUCUUCAAUAUUCUCAAGACUCUAAAGCCAGAUUUGCUUAUCUAUGACUUUAUUCAACCAUGGGCACCUGCCCUAGCUUCGUCUCUAAAUAUACCUGCUGUCAACUUCCUGUGCACUUCCAUGGCCAUGUCUUGUUUUGGACUGCAUCUAAACAACCAGGAGGUAAAAUUCCCUUUUCCAGGGAUAUAUCCAAGAGAUUAUAUGAGAAUGAAGGUUUUCAGAGCCCUGGAAUCUUCUUCUAACGACAUAAAAGAUGGAGAGAGGGCUGGUCGAUGCAUGGAUCAAUCUUUUCAUUUGAUAUUGGCGAAGACUUUCAGAGAACUCGAGGGAAAAUACAUUGAUUAUCUCUCUGUUAAGUUGAUGAAGAAGAUAGUUCCUGUUGGUCCUCUUGUUCAAGACCCUAUCUUCGAAGAUGAUGAGAAAAUAAUGGAUCAUCAUCAGGUCAUUAAAUGGCUGGAGAAGAAGGAAAGAUCAUCUACCGUUUUUGUUUCAUUUGGUACCGAGUAUUUUCUUUCCACGGAAGAGAUGGAAGAGAUAGCUUAUGGGUUAGAGCUCAGCAAAGCACACUUCAUUUGGGUUGUCAGGUUUCCUACAGGAGAGAAAAUAAACCUGGAAGAGUCGCUGCCUAAGAGGUACCUUGAGAGGGUUCAGGAGAGAGGAAAGAUUGUUGAGGGUUGGGCUCCACAGCAAAAAAUACUAAGGCAUUCAAGCAUUGGAGGAUUUGUGAGUCACUGUGGAUGGAGUUCUAUAAUGGAAAGCAUGAAAUUUGGGGUGCCAAUAAUAGCCAUGCCCAUGAAUCUUGAUCAGCCUGUAAAUUCAAGAAUGGUAGAGGACGCUGGGGUGGGUAUAGAGGUGAGAAGAAAUAAGAGUGGAGAGCUUGAAAGAGAAGAGAUAGCAAAGACAAUAAGGAAGGUAGUGGUGGAGAAAGAUGGUAAGAAUGUGAGUAGGAAAGCAAGAGAAAUGAGUGAUACCAUUAGAAAGAAGGGAGAGGAAGAGAUUGAUGGGGUGGUGGAUGAAUUGCUUCAACUUUGCGAUGUGAAAACAAACUAUUUGCAGUAGUUUUUUAUAGAAUUGUUUGCAAUCUUGCUAUUGGGAUUUCCUCGUUAAUUAAUUCCGAAGUGGAGGUAAAUGCAUAUGUAUAUUGUCUUAUUAGAGCCAUCUCCAAAAUAUGAGAACUCUAUCUACUC